AGAGAGAGACAGCGACAGACAGAGACAGUGACAGAGACAGACAGAGAGAGAGAGACAGAGACAGCGACAGAGGGAGAGAGGUGGUGGCUGUGCCAUAUUGACAUGGUACAUUUGGGUGAGAAGGUGUUGCUGUCUGUUGACCGUCUGUGACAAGGUCAGCUGUCCGACCCUGCAAAAUUCUUUACUUUAUGGCUCUGGGUUAUGAAUUUGAUUGGAUUUUAACAGUCAAGACAUAAUCCCUGUGAAUCACAAGCAGCAGUUGCCAUGGCGCCGGUGGGAGAGUUUAUGGGGUCAUGGGCAGUGUCGAAAUCAUUCUCUAUAGAGGUCGUUGUUUUCUCUCUGCUCUUCCUCCUCCUCUCCAUCAUCCUCCUGGCCCUCUGCACUAUCUGUGGAAGGCAAUCCUUUGAGCUUCAGGACAGUGGUGGGGAGGUGGGGAGAACCCAGUCACAGCUGAUGAGAGUGGUAAAGUUGGAGGACGCCCUGUCAGCCAGGGAGAACCCCAUGAUCAAUGACAUCAGAAAAAACGAGAGAGAUUUCAGUCACAUACCUGAAGAACGUGUUCCAGAGCAGCUUCCUGCUGAGCAGAAUGGCAUCAGGUUCAAACCCGGGAGGAGCCGCAGGGUGGCGCCAGAACAGCAAGGUGAUUCUCUAGGUGUCUUGAAGAUGGCCAACGGAACCCCUGUGGCCAUGAUGACAAUAUCUCCUCCCCCCCCCACCACCGUCGACAUCGGUGACCUGAGGGACGUCCUGAACUUCACACCCGGGCUCCACUCUAUACCAGCCCCGAUAUCCGUGGUGGAAGAUGACAGCCCCCUUGAGUCCGUACCCCCACCUGUCUAUUCAGGGGACACCCUGGACACACCCAUCAUGAAUGUUCUUCACACCCUGGUGCUGGAUGCCCCCAUCGUGGAUCCCCUCAUCAUAGACACCCUUGUAUCUGUGGAUGCCCCCAUUGUGAACAGCCUUGAACCUGUCGACAUCCAUAUUGUGAAUGACACUGACCCCCUCAAUAUCCCCAUCGUGAACGACCUUGACCUCCUGGAGGCCCCUGCAGAAUUCAGCUCUAACUUUAUCGCUCAGCUUGAAGAAGAUGGUCAGGUGGAGGGUGAAGACCAGGGGCCUUCCCUGGGUGUCCGACCCGAGCACACCUAUGAGAUCUUUGGGGAGCUCACACCUGAUGAUCCCUCUGUGGAAGUGGACCUGACAACCCCAGGCUAUCAAACCAUAGCUGAACUGGCCCCCAAAUCAACCACACAGCCUGACGAUGACACAACCAUGGUCACAAUGCCAUCGGACCUGGCAUGCCCAGACUAUGAGAUCAUAGCUGAACUGGUCCAGCAAAUGAGCGCAACCACACUGCCUGACAAUGAGCCAAUAAAAACUACAGGCACAAACCCGGGGGAGGGGCUUGACCUGACAAGCCCUCUCUCAUUUGUGGAGGAAGUAGAGGAUGGUUUGAGUGACAGGGGCUGGAAUCCAAUGUAUGCCAGGGUGAGCAGGAAGCUUAGUAAGUGCCCCACCCCACCCCCUGUGCCUCCGCCAGAGGAAGAGGAGGAAUAUUUACCUCCAAUACCGGAAAGAAGAGGAGAGAUGGAGGAAUGAUCAUUGUAGAAUAUCCCUUCAGACUUAAAAACCACCGCAAAUGUGUGUUAUGUACUCAAUGCUAUUUGAAUGUAUAUGCAGUGCAUUCGGAAAGUAUUCAGACCCCUUGACUUUUUACUUUUUCAACAUUUGUUACAUUACAGCUUUAUUCUAAAAUUGAUUAAAUUGUUUUCCCCCCCUCCUCAAUCUACACACAUUACCCCUAAUGACAAAGCAAAAUCAGGUUUGUAGAAAUGUUUGUAAAUGUAUUAAAAAUAAAAAAAGGGAGAUAUCACAGUCA